UGCACUUGUUCACUUGUUAGGUAAAGCGUUCUAGAAGUAAAGGUGGAUUGGCUGGUCCUGAUGGUACAAAGUCAGUGUUUGGUCAAAUGUGUGCUAAAAUGAGUUCCUUCAGCCCAGACAGUCUUCUGCUACCUCAUCGUGUUUGGAAAGUAAAAUUCGUUGGCGAGUCCGUGGAUGACUGUGGUGGAGGUUACAGUGAAUCAAUAGCAGAAAUGUGUGAAGAGCUCCAGAAUGGGCUUACCCCUCUCCUCAUUGUCACCCCGAAUGGAAGAGAUGAAUCUGGAGCAAAUAGAGAUUGCUUCCUGUUAAACCCUGCUGCCAAGUCUCUCUUACAUAUGAACAUGUUUCGUUUCCUGGGUGUGCUGCUGGGAAUUGCUAUCAGAACUGGCAGCCCGCUAAGCCUCAAUCUGGCAGAACCAGUAUGGAAACAGCUGGCAGGGAUGAACCUAACAAUUGCUGAUCUCAGUGAAGUUGAUAAAGAUUUUAUUCCUGGGCUUAUGUACAUUCGAGACAACGAAGCUACUUCUGAAGAGUUCGAAGCCAUGAGCCUUCCCUUCACAGUGCCAAACGCAAGUGGUCAAGACAUUCAGCUGAGUUCAAAAUAUACCCAUAUUACACUGGAUAACAGAGCUGAAUAUGUGAGACUGGCAAUAAACUACAGGCUUCAUGAAUUUGAUGAACAAGUUGCAGCAGUUCGGGAAGGGAUGGCCCGGGUUGUUCCUGUUCCUCUUCUUUCACUCUUUACGGGAUAUGAAUUAGAAACAAUGGUAUGUGGAAGUCCAGAUAUCCCACUUCACCUUUUGAAGUCUGUAGCAACAUACAAGGGAAUUGAACCCACUGCCUCCUUGAUACAGUGGUUCUGGGAGGUGAUGGAAUCCUUUUCCAAUACAGAACGAUCUCUCUUCUUACGUUUUGUAUGGGGCAGGACAAGGCUACCUAGAACUAUUGCAGACUUCAGAGGCAGGGACUUUGUUAUUCAGGUUUUGGAUAAAUACAAUCCUCCAGACCACUUCCUGCCUGAGUCCUAUACAUGCUUCUUUCUGCUGAAACUGCCCAGGUAUUCUUGCAAGCAGGUACUGGAGGAAAAACUGAAAUAUGCCAUUCAUUUCUGCAAGUCCAUAGACACUGAUGAUUAUGCCCGGAUAGCACUGACAGGAGAGCCAGCUGCUGAUGACAGUAGUGAUGAUUCCGACAAUGAAGAUGCAGAUUCUUUUGCUUCAGACUCUACGCAGGAUUAUUUAACAGGACAUUGAAGCAAAUAACAUAAGAGACAAAUAUGUCACAAGCACUGAGGCAUGAAACGCCACUCGUGGCAUUUGAGCAAAGGAGUACAAAAUAUGUAUAACCAGAGGAAUACUGAUCUUCUGAACGUGGGGAAAGCUUGUUUGUUACUCACAAUAGGAAUAAUGGAGUAUAACUUAAGACAUCUGCUUAGAAUAAAUGGCACGGCAUAUGGGCAUGUAACGUUUAUUUUAAGAGUUGAGAGUGUCCCCAUAAGACUGCACUACAUUUAGAAGCUUUGUGUUUACUAAAGUGUUGUAAAUGUUUAUAUACAUAUGGUAGUGCAGCAUCCAGAAAAAGCAGUGAAACCUUUAAAUUGUGGUUGCAAUAGAUUUUUUUCAUAAUAAGUGUUGUGUUCUGUGUAACUUCUUGAUUGCAUAUUGGAAAUACUGUGCAGCAGCUGAAUAGUAUUAUAAAUAUUUCAAUUAACUUUACUAGAAGUUUGUUUAUUAAAAAACUUUUUGAACAUUAAGUUAUCAGUAUUCCUUGAAAUACAUCUAUAGGUAAUUAAACGAAAAAGGCCAUUAGGUUCACCUCCUCUCCCUGUUUGUAUAUUUUAGCUUAUGCAUUAUGUAUCUCAAAACGAUACCUUUCUGUGAACAGCAUCAUAAUUCUUAUCAUGGGAAGUGUAUUGUAUAUAAUUAAUUUGUGCCAUGUAUAUGCAAAAAUUAUAAUUUCCCUCUAAAUAAAACUUCGGUCACAAAGAC